CAUAAAUUGAAGCGCACAACAGCUAAAUUAGGUUAAAAAGCUGCCUUCCUCACAGAGAACCCUUAUCGCGAACCAAAACCCUAACGAUGAUCUACGACGUCAAUUCUCCUCUCUUCCGCUCCUUUCUCAGCCAGAAGGGCGCAUCCUCCGAUAAGCGGAAAAAUGAAGAGCAGAAGCCAAAGGAGCAGAAGCCGAAGGCAAGUGAAAACAAGCCUGUAAUGAAUGAGUGAUCUUGAGAAAAAGGAAUUGUAGCAUUUAUUUCCCUAAAUGUCUGAUGAACUAUUUUGGUUUACCAGAUUUAUGUUCUGGAGCUUUGAUGCUUAAUCCUUAAUAUUGGUCUAUGAUUGUCGUUUUAUUAUCUAUGUUAGCUUAAGAUUACU